CCACAAACACAACACUAUUCUUCUCGACUUCUCCUCAACUUACAUCCAACUACCUACAUACGUACAGCAAAUCUCAAGAACUUUUCUCCAACGUCUGCAGCCAUGGCGACUCAUCGCGCAGAUGAAAAACGCUUCCUCGACGAGCGCGGCUCCUCUGGUCCCCUCGCCCCAAAUGGACUCAACCCCGCCACAAUAAUGGAAAAGCCUGUCCGCGAACGAAUCGUCGACUGUUACUUCUGGAAAGACCAAUGUUUCGCCGUCAACGAAGCCGAUAUCGUAAACCGAGUUGUGGAUCAUGUCCAUUUUAUCGGGGGAACAUACGGAGAUGCGCAACGACCGUCGCCGUUCUUGUGCUUGGCGUUCAAGUUACUACAGUUGGGGCCUGGUGAUGAUGUUUUGAGGGAAUACUUGGAGUUUGGGGGUGAGAAGUUUAAGUACUUGAGGGCGUUGGCACUGUUCUAUGUGCGGUUGACGAGGCAGGCGAAGGAUGUUUAUUUGUUUCUUGAGCCGUUUCUCAAGGACUACAGGAAGCUGAAGAGAAGAGGCAGGACGGGGACAAGUUUGACAUUUAUGGAUGAGUUCGUGGACGAUCUACUGGUGAAGGAGAGGGUUUGUGGUACGACGCUUUGGAAGAUGCCGAAGAGAGAAAUACUGGAAGACUUGGAUGUCUUGGAACCUCGAAUCAGUCCGCUGGGUGAUAUCGAGGAUCUGCUGGAGAGUGAUGUGGAAGAGGCUGAUGGGAGAAAUGGGAGAGAGGAUAGUGAGGAUGAUGACAGACGAAGGGCAAGUCCUGGUUCUGAAUUUGGUGAAGUCACGCCUGAGAGAGAUGCUAUGGACGUUGACGAAGGUGAGAAAGAAGUUGCCAAUGGUAACGAUCAUGAUUCAUCAUGAUCUCAAUUGUUAUAUCUUUCAGGCGAACGGCGUUCGGGAAAUGGUCGGAUGGUAUGUGGGAUAUACCCUUGUCUCAAAGCUGUAUCUCUGG